ACUCUACCAAAAACUUAUAAAUAAUGCGCGCUCUAAGUACGUGCACUCUGGGGCAGACUCAGGGAACAGUUUAAUCAGACGUCGGUUGCUUUGACGUGCCACCAGACUGACCUAUAUCCGUUUCCUGAACUUGGGAUAUCUGUGGACCAGUUUUCAUUUGGCUACGUCUGUCACGUUGAACGGCAGCCCAACAGUUUGCUGUGUUUUGCUACGAAGCUAUGGCCCAGACAAAGAUGUUGGGACAUAUGCUAGUCGUCAUCUGGCUUGGGGUUUCGGCCAGUGCUUCAAGCGAUGCUGAAGACAUGGGUCAAAGGGAGGCAACGUUUGACUUGAGUGAACUUCUUGGACAAGCAGGUCACAGUGACCCCAAUCCAGACAUGUCCCAGAGAGAGGUUACAUUUGAUCUGGCUGAUAUUUGGGGUCUGGAAGACACAGACGACCUGAUGCAGAAGGAGGUAACCGUUGCUCUACCUGACUUCCUGAAGGAGAAAAUUUCCAACUACUCUGGACCAGAUAUAACACAGAGGGAGAUAACAGAUGAAUUUGAAGUGGAUCUCCCCCCUAGAGGUCCUGCUCAGUUUGGCCCGCGUGGUUAUGCACCUCAUCCUCGUAUUGAAUUUCCCCCUGGUCGCCCCACAUCGGAGAACAUCCAGGCAAUUUGCCUCUAUGGCACUGGGCGACCGCGGUACCCUCAAGAUUUACUGCCUCGUACUGGCCUUACCUACCUAGGCCGCCAAGCUGAUGCCAUUCACCGCACAGAGGCCUGGUACAGUCAGCAGUGUUGUCAAGGCAGCUGGCAACAGAACAUAGACAGGACCUUGUGCUGCGCUCAUCAGGCAUGGAAGAAGGCCCUUGAAGAGUUUUGCAAUGACGAGUUCUCAGUGAAGACCCGCCACUACCACUGCUGUAGGCUGAACGGCCACGCCAGGUUGAACUGUUUUCAGAGAGAGGCACCCAAUCCCUCCUACAAGUCUACCACGCGCUACACUGGACCUGAACUUCUGCCUAGGGGCUCAGCCUUCACCUUCACCAACAACUGCAAAAGACACAACACGAGGCAAUCUGCUGCUGCUGCUGCUGCUGCUCCACGGACCCUGAGAGGAGAAAAAACAAUAGUCCCAGACAUCAGCUUUCCACCCGGCCGACCCACCUCCUCCAACAUCAAGUGGGUCUGUAAGCUGCGGAAAUUGCGACCACGCUAUGUUACCAGCUGCUUGCCUCGUGGUGGCUACGGAUGGUUAGCCCGUCAGUCUAAGGCCUUCAAUCGCCUUGAGAGGGGCCUGAAGCGCUGCUGCAAGGGGAAAAAGGAAGUGCUGGCCUGUGCUGAUGAGAAGUGGAGAGAGGAGAUGAACCGUUUCUGCCAGGAAGAGCAUGGUGUGAAGACCAAACACCACGCGUGCUGCAGACUGGCGGAGGGAGAGGAGCGCCUAUCCUGCUUCUCCUCCAAAGCGCCACAUCCACACUACCAAGCUGAAAUGAUGAGCAUGAUGAUACAAACCCCGCCUUUUCCUCAACUUAAACUUGUCUGUGAAACACACAAGAUCCUCAAGAAGCUACAGAAUAAUGUUCCUGUGGCCAGUGUUGUGAAGAAGUGCUGCCACCUUGUGCCAGAACAGAGACAUGCAUGUUUGCAGGACACGCUGGACAGCCUGCAAAGGGAGAAAUGCUCAGAAGAGCCUCCGUCUCCCAUGGUGACCCCAGACUGCUGUGGACCAAAUCCCAGCAAGUGUUUCUCGGAUUUGCUGCUUGAGUCCAUCACAAAAGCUAUGGAGACUCCAAGUUUCAGGAGAAGAAGGUGCCCUCUCUAUCAAUAAAUCCUGGCAUCCAGAAACGUUGGAGUAGAAAGAGUUCAGUAGCCGAUGAAAUAUGACACUUAUAGCCACUGACACACUGCAAUUUAUAUUUGAUACUACUUUUGUACACUUUGAAAUUAUAUUUCUGUUAUAUUUUGGGUACAUCACAAUUACAUAUUAUAGGUAUGUAAACAAUUAUCAAUUAUUUCAAAAUGCAUGGCCAGUUCAGUAGGUUUUCACCUUUCCACAAAUAAAUAGGCCUACAACUUUCACCUACUUUUGGAAACAUGAGCAACGAGACCUUUCUUCAACUUAUAGAUGUAGAAAGGUGUUUACUUUGAUGAUCAUCUUUUAAUGGUGUUGUUGGCAGAACCACUACUAGUUCUUACUUGCAAAUUUGAUUAAAAUAACAAAAUAGGCACCAUAGGCCGUAACUUUGUUGCCUAUUAAGGUGUGGUAGUCUAGCUAUAGCCUAGCCUACUGAGUCAAUGUCUUUGUAAUUUCCCUGGGAAUUUAAAUGUUCAUGAUUGACAAAUAAAGUUUUUUUUUUACUGACA